GAGCUCCCCGCCGGCGCACGGUCGCACACUGAACCAAGCAUGCAAUGUUGCUCUCAUCGAAACGGACACAGAUGGAUAGUCUCGUUCAACCACUUGUUGCCCAGUAUCUCGCUAUGGGCUGCCAAUCCAAAGAAAAUGGACAAAAUGAAAAUGUGGGCUCGAAUGGAAAGGAAAAAGAACAUUCACGUCUCUCUCCAGGACCGGGAUGUGGCUCCAGAUCUAAGGUCUGUCCACCGGUGCCUGUCCGGCCUCAGCGGUUCAACAGGCCCAAAUUGGCCCAGAUGACCCAGGGCAAGGUCACAAUGUCUCUGCCAGGACACUUCACAAAGGGGGCCAGCUGGGAGGAGGUGAUCCAGGCCUGUAUCCAGUCCUUUGACGUGGAGGGCUCUGUAUGUGGGAGCAGCCACCUGAUGAACAUCACCCUGACCAUGCACCGACUCCUCAUGUCCUCCAGUGACCUCCUGGAGAAACUCACCUCCCUAUUUAAAAGCGCCGUGGAGAAUGAGCAGUCCACAGAAUGUGAGAGGAUCUGCUACUUCAUCAGGUAUUGGAUCCAGGAGUUCUGGACAAUGUUCCGGUUGCACAGCAGCCUGUCUGACUCCAUGGAACAGUUCCAGGAUCUGAUCAGAGAUCAGGGCCAGGAGAGGCUGUGCCCUCUGUUGCAGACUCAAUGGAUAAAUGACAGGCACUGGUCUCAGAAGCCCAGUCAGAAAAUCAAGGCUAACAGCAGUAAGAAGAGGAAAGUGUCUCUGCUGUUUGAUCACCUGGAGCCCAUCGAACUGGCUGAGCACCUCACCUACCUGGAGUUCAAGUCCUUCUGUAGAAUAUCAUUUGCAGACUACCAGAACUACAUCCGCAGUUGCUGCAUGAAGGACAACCCCAUGAUGGAACGUUCCAUUACGUUGUGUAAUGGUAUCUCACAGUGGGUGCAGCUCAUGGUUCUGAGUCGGCCUACAGCUCAGCUGAGAGCAGAGGUUUUCACCAAGUUCAUCCAUGUGGCUCAGAGCCUCCAUCUUAUGCACAACUUCAACACACUAAUGGCUGUGGUGGGGGGCCUGUGCCACAGCUCCAUCUCCAGACUUAAAGAGACCAGUUCACAUGUAUCCCACGAGGUCACCAAGGUGCUGAAUGAGAUGACAGACCUCCUGUCCUCCUGUAGGAACUAUGACAACUACCGUCAGGCGUACAGCAGGUGUGCAGGCUUUAAGAUCCCCAUCCUGGGGGUCCAUCUCAAGGACCUGAUCUCAGUCAACGAGGCAAUGUCAGACUAUGUAGAGGACUACAAGGUGAAUGUUCAGAAGCUCCAGGCUUUGUACAACCACAUCAACGAGCUGAUCCAGCUACAGCAGAUCACCCCACAGCUCGAUGCCAACAAAGACCUGGUCCACCUUCUCACGCUGUCCCUGGACCUCUACUACACAGAGGAUGAGAUUUAUGAGCUGUCUUACACCAGGGAGCCCAAGAACAGCAAAGCACCCCCAGCCACCCCCUCUAGACCUCCAGUGGUUGUGAACUGGGCUUCAGGAGUGCCCCCAAAACCUGACCCAAAAACCAUCAGCAAACAUGUGCAACGAAUGGUGGAUUCCGUGUUUAAGAACUAUGACCAUGAUGAGAAUGGCUUCAUCUCUCAAGGGGACUUUGAGAAAAUUGCUGCUAGCUUUCCAUUCUCCUUCUGUGUCAUGGACAAAGAGAAGGAAGGCCUCAUCAGCAGAGAGGAGAUCACAGCCUAUUUCAUGCGUGCUAGUGUCAUCUGUUCCAAACUGGGUCUUGGCUUUGUCCACAACUUUCAGGAGACCACCUACAUGAAGCCCACAUUCUGUGACAACUGCUCCGGAUUUUUGUGGGGCGUCAUAAAACAAGGCUACAGAUGCAGAGACUGUGGUAUGAACUGCCAUAGGCUCUGUAAGGAUCAGGUGGCGUUUGAGUGUAAGAAGAAUGCCAAAGGCAGUAGCACCUCUGAAGGUCCGCUAACACCAGGCUCCACACCCGGCACUACAGGUGGGCCGGAAGGCUCAGAAGAGGGGCCUUUCCCGUACCCCUCAGAGGAAUGUAGGGACUGGAGCCUUGACUCACCGACCCCCUCCCAUCUGAGGCUCCCCCCUGAGCUGGCCAUUCCUGUGGGGGUCCACCGCAGCACCCAGACAGAGGGCCCCCACGCCCCUGCCCCCCCCCCAGAGCCUAGUCGGCUGCAGCCAGUACAGUCCUCUCUCCUGGCCCCUGUACCCUCCUCUCUCUUGGCCCCCGUACCCCCCUCCCUCACCCCAUGCCCCAGCCCGGUGCCCCAACGCAAACAACGGGCCUACGCCAAGUGGGAGAACAGAGCUUCUACAGUGCUACAGCCCAGGGAGCCGGACGAAGACAACAAACCCACCUAUGAUACUCUGGAAACGGAGAACCAGAAGCUUCAGAAGAACAACGAGACGCUGCGUAAGAAGCUGAGGGAGACGCAGCGCGAGGUAGAGAUCCUGCAGACACUCCUAAAGAGGCACGCCCUUCACUCCGUGGUGGAGGACUCCUCCUCCUCCUCCUAGCCAGGAACGCCCCUCAGCCGGUCAGACACACCCACUCUAUGACAUCACAGGUGAUGCUCAGCCAUCUGUCUCCAGAGCCAUUGACAGUACUGUAUGUCUUGAGGACCCUAGUGCCACACAGUCGAGAAGAUACACAGAGGGACCUAAAAUUCCCUGUGAGGAGACGCUGUUACUCACAGUAUGGUACAUACAGCCAGUCUUAACACCAGUUGCAGCCAAUCACAGCCAAAACGGGGUUAUGAGGCAAAACCAAUGAAAGUACCGUCCUGGAUAGGACACAGACAAUCAAAGUACAGUACCAGCCAUCAUGGAACAUAGCCAAAACAUAUCCAAUCAGUGUGCCAUCGGCUUUGGGACUCUGACAAUCAGAAAACCACACAGUAUGGCAGAAAGGCCAGGAAACUGGAGAAGUUAAUUCUGGUGUACUGUGUAGUAAUUGUCCUGCCUUAGGUAAUAACAAGGUUGCAUAUUGCAUACAACAUGUAAAUCCACGUGAUUUCAAUGUUACUGUCCAUAUUUAUUGUUAAAACACUACAAACUCAGAGUUAAUGUCAAUCAAUGAGGAAAAGAUAAGCAGAGUUCCAUUUUUUUUAUACAGGUAGAUAUAGACAAAUAGUUGUUUUUAUGUAUGUGUAAGACAUUUUAUCGAAAGAAUACAUUCAACCACAGUUUUAUCAUGUAUAUUUCAUCAGCUCAGUGUUGUCCAUAGUAGCAAUUAACAUAAUAUUAGAUGUUUCACCAAUGACAUACCAUGUAAAUACCCUAAGCGCAUGAUAUAUUGUGGUGCCAACGUACCAGUAUUUCUCUCAAGAUGUCCUCUCUCAGUAUUGCUGUCAUAAUGAAUGUUAUAAUAAAGACAUAUUCUCUAUUAGUCAUGUUGGGUGAGUUUUCUAAUUCAAUGGGUUCUAAUUUGUCUUUGUUUCUAUGGAAGUGACAGUAGCUGUGAGAUAAGUUCCACUAGGGGUCACUGAAUCCCUCUAGAAUGUUGGCAUAGCCAACCACCAAUACAUAACUGUUUUAUAUCUAUGCCUACCACUCUGCCUGCUUUCAUAAUGGCUUGACUGUUUUCAUUUUGUUUUGUCCAACUUUGCUAAAAUAAUUGAAAAUACAGCUCACGGUGACUACUAUUUGCUGGAUAAAUGUAUUCCACUUUCUCUAUUCAACCUCAUCACAAUAGCUGUGAACUAGUGGAAACAGUGCCAUUACCUCUCAGUUGGAGAUGAAUGGGAAGUCUAAUAUGAAAAUAAGAAAAUCCUUCCAUAAUGUCAGGGAACGUGAGCAGGGUAGUUGAUUGUAGCAAUCAGUUUGGACCGGUUGCUUCUGCUCUUAAAGGGAUAGACACCCUCGCCAUCAGAGGUUAAGAACAAUAAGGCUCAGCCUCCACAGUAAACAGGUGAGGUUGUGACUACCUAUAUGGCAUGAAUCUCUUAUUUUAACCAGACUUAACAGACUGAAAAGCCAGUUAGAAACAAGGUAUUGAUGGAAAUUGAUAUUCUGUUUAGAGCUAUUGUCAAUCUCUAGCUAUGUAGCUUUUCUAAAACCUCCAACAUCAAGCUUAAACAGGAAACACUGUCACGCCCUGACUUUAGUUAUAUUUGUUUUCUUGAUUUUUUGGUUAGGUCAGGAUGUGACAAGGGUGGUUUGUUUAGUUUUUGUAUUUGUCUAGGGGUUUUUGUCUUGUCUUGGGGUUUUGUCUUCUAUGGGGAUUUGGUAUGGUCUAGGGGAUUGUAGGUUUAUGGUGACCUAAAUUGGUUCCCAAUCAGAGACAGCUGUUUCUCGUUGUCUCUGAUUGGGGAGCCUAUUUAGGUUGCCAUUUUCCAUGUUGGUUUUGUGGGUAGUUGUUUUCUGUUUUGUAUGAGUACUUGACAGAACUGUUGUGUUUUGUUCCACUUUUGUUUUUUGUUUCAGUGUUCAAGUUAUAAUAAACAUCAUGAACACGU